AUGGCCCUCGUGGUGCUGACGGUGCUCUUCGUCGCCCUGCCCCCGGACUCGCCUGCCGUGCUGGCGGUGGUGUUCAACUCGGCGCGUCUUGGGUCGGCGCUGCGGCCGGGCAAUAGGGAUGCGUGGCUUCGCGAGCGAGCGCGGCAUCCGGUGCACCUGGCGAGCGAGGUGGGGUGUCUGAUCAAGACGGGGUACGGGACGAGGCACCGCGUCCGGGAGCAGCUGGCUGCGUUUGCGGUCAAGGGCGGCGUGCUGGGCGACGAGGGGAGGGAUUACCUGGUCGUGGGGGACUGGGAGGCGGCCAACGGCACCGCGGGGGGGGACUUGGGCGCGGCGGUUGUAGAUGCCGUCGGGCUGGUGAUGCGGGACGAGAGGGUGGCCGAGUUCGCGGACCAUGUGCGCUUCGGCAAGUACAGGAGCUUGAGCGCCGCGGUGGGGGCCGGCGAUGAGGUCAGGGCCGGCGAGCUGGGGGCAAAGUUUGGCUGGGAGCUCGAUGCGUUGAAGUUCAUCAUGGGCAUGGAACUAUCGUACAAGAGGAUGCCGCACAAGAAGUGGUACCUUAUCCUGGAUGACGACACAUUCGUGGUCAAGGAGUCCCUGGAGCUGCUGCUCAGUCACUUGGACCCUUCGAAACCGCAGUAUGUGGGCAACGCGGUGGGCGAUUACAGGGCGCGAUUUGCUCACGGCGGAUCAGCCGUCAUUAUCUCCGGCGAGGCCAUGAGGAUACUCUUUAACAGGCCAGACAUCGUGCGAGAAGCCUACGUUCGCUCGUUGGACGAGACGUGGGGUGAUAGACUGGUGGCAACGACGCUACAGAGGAUUGGCGUUUACAUCGACGAGCGGUACAGUCACUAUUUUAACGGGGAGGCACCUGACAUGACAAGGAUUCGGGAAGAUCGUGUCUGCUCGCCCAUUGUUUCUUUCCACGGGCUCCGGAAACCUGGUGCCAUGGUCCAUGCGGGCACGACAUUGGGCAGGAUGAGAAAGCCGGUACUUUGGGGCCAGCUGUGGGAGUUGUUUGGCCAGACACCUCUGGAGUCGUUUGAAAACUCACCUCUGAGAGGGGGAGACCAUGUUGGGCCUGGUGAGGAAGAGAUCAAGGUCUGGCAAGGCAUCAAGAAGGCACAAGAUUGCCAGCGUAAGUGUAAAAGCCGGUGCCUGGCGUGGACAUAUGAUUCGCAAAGUCGCCAAUGUCGUGCGAGUCCAUGGCUCAUUGUUGGACCACGGAACAGCGCCGGCGAGGUAUCUGGGAUUAAUCUGUCGGCGGCGAAAUCUGCUUUUCGAAAAUGCUCUCCUGUAGGCUGA